AUGAUCAAGCCAGGAGUAUCUUUAACUCAUAUUGCUUCAAGCUUAGAAAAAGAAGGGCUCAUCAAAAGCCCCCUUUCCUUCCGACUUCAUACUCUUCUUCAAGGGGUCUCUCAGCACCUCAAAGCAGGAGAGUAUCAGUUUGCGCCUUACAUAACACAAGAAGAAGUUUUAAAGAACUUACACAAAGGAAAUGUUGUACAGCAUGAUAUCACCCUUCCAGAAGGCAUCCCUUUAGAACAAGCAAUGAUGGUUUUAAACACACAUCCUAACCUUAAAGGAAAGCCCUUAACAGAAAAGGAUUUUGAGCUCUCUCCUCCUCUCGCAGAAACAUACUUUUUUAUAAAAGGGACAACACGGCGAGAAAUUCUUUCACGUAUGCACUUUGAUUUAAAAAAACUUCUAAAUCAGCUUUGGGAAAAACGAUCCUCAACAACCGUUCUUAAAUCACCGCAAGAAGCCUUAAUUCUUGCAGCUGUUGUUGAAAAGGAAACAGCCAUACCAAUAGAAAGGCCUUUAAUUGCUGCAGUUUUUCUAAACCGUUUGCGUAUUGGAAUGCCUUUACAGUCUGACCCAACUGUUUCCUAUGGCCUUUUUCGAAAAAAUGCUCGCCCUCUUAAUCAAGCCCUCAGUCGCAAAGAGCUAAAAAUCCCAACGCCCUUCAAUACUUAUCUCAAUAAAGGACUCCCCCCUUCCCCUAUCGCAUUGGUUGGGAAAGAAUCUUUAAAAGCUGUAUUUCUUCCUGUAAAAAGCAAACAUCUUUACUUUGUUGCAGAUGGUAAAGGAGGUCACUUAUUUGCCAGCACACUAAAAGAGCAUCAAAAAAACCAUGCUCGCUGGCGCCACAUCCGAAAAAAGCAAUAA